AUGGAAUUCGACCCGAAGACCCCCCAGUUCUUCACCUCGGACGCGUCGAGCUUCGCCUCCGUCUCGGCCCAUAAACGAUGGCCCGUCAUCGUCACUGGUGCCAUUGAUGAUCUGCACCGGACUGUGGGAGAUGUGACGGAUGAUGACAAGGCAAAGGAAGGCAAGAGCAUCAUCGCGAAGUUCACCACAUUGAAGUAUGAGCUUCAACACGACCGACAACUGACUCCCCUCGAUGACGAUGGCGAGUCGGAUAUUGCGUCGUACAACAAGGAACUUGAACAGCGUGGCAAUCCAUCCUGGCACAAUGUUGCCUGGCUUUACGCCGAGUGCUACCUCUACCGCCGCAUGGAAACCUUCUUCGCGCUCUCGAAACACUGGAAGGGAUAUGAUGUGUUUGGUCGCCAGAAAUUAUCCACUUUCAAGUCUUCGCGCCCAGCCGUGCUGGAGCUCGCUGCGCGGUACCGCGAGCUGGCGCAAGACGCAGCGUCUGGCAAGCAAUCAGAGGGCAAAUCGGCAGAGGAAGUUGAGCAGGCCGAACGUCUUCUCUUCUCCGAGAUGUGUGAAAUUUGCCUCUGGGGCAAUGCUACUGAUCUGUCGCUUCUCACCUCUCUCACCUACGAGGAUAUCCAGAAACUACAGGGCUCACAAGCACGCAAGGACUCGCAAAGCAACAUUAUCGUCAACGAUCUCGGUGCCGCUUUCGAGACCAUGCAAAAGGCCCGCCGCGAGAAGAAGGAUGGCGAGCGUCGCGUCGAUAUCGUCCUGGACAACUCCGGCUUCGAGCUGUUCGUCGAUUUGAUCCUCGCUGGAUAUCUUCUGUCCUCCGGCCUGGCCACCAGCAUUGUCCUCCACCCCAAGCGCCUUCCGUGGUUUGUGUCCGACGUCACACCCAAGGAUUUCUCCGAUCUCCUCAACUCGAUGGUCGACCCCCAAGCAUUCUACACUGCAUCAGAUGAGUCUGGAAAGACCCACCCCCCGCUCUCGGACAAGGAAGUCGCCGACGUCCAGUUCCUUUUCAAACAGUGGAGCGAAUUCCACCAGGAUGGCAAGCUGAUCUUGCGCCCCCACUCGUUCUGGACUACCCAGGGCUGCUACUGGCGCAUGCCUCACGUUGCGCCGGAGCUGUUCGAGGAUCUGAAGGAGAGCGAGCUUGUGCUGUUCAAGGGUGAUUUGAACUACCGCAAGUUGACCAACGAUGCCCAAUGGGACCCAACCACCCCCUUUACAACCGCCAUCGGCCCAAUGGGCCCCAAGUCCGGUAUCCGUGUUCUGGCUUUCCGUACCUGCAAGGCUGACGUCGUUGUUGGUCUUCCCGCCGGCGAGGAUGAGAAACUCCGCCAGCUUCCUGAUGGAGGCGGCAACGAGGCUCGCAAGUGGGCCUGGAGCGGAAAAUGGGCUGUGGUGUCGUUCUCGGAUGGUAAGGCUUAA